AUAUACAUUGAACAUCAUUAAAUCUUUCUGAAAUGAAGAUUUUUUUUUAAAGCUGUAUCGCCUUAAAUAUCUGUAAUCCAUUUUAUGAGACAUUUGCUAAACUCUGAUGUCGUUCGUGUGAAUUGUUUUGAUUGAGUUGGUGAUUGUCGUUCAUUGAGGCUCGGGUAUUUGGAGGGAAUCCCGUUUUCUUCUCCAAUUCUCCAAUCGACGGAUCGCUGUCAUCUCGGCCUUCAUCGGGCUGGUAAUCCCCUGGACCACGUCCCAAGCCACACUUCCUUAUCAGUGCUUCUCCUUCCUCUUAUUGGCUCUUCAGCAGCCUAUCAGCCUGCAGCGAGGCUCAGAUGCGGAGAAGGUGCUGUAGAACAUUAAACUCCCAACCUCCACGACCACAGAGGAAGUCUGAAACAGGAAGUCGUGGGUUCAAAGUUGUCACUUUCACUAGUCCAGUUUUUUCUUUUCAGAAUAAGGUGGCUGGUUCAUUUUACACGUGGCAGGAGAUAUCAAAACCCUUUUGCUUUCACUUGCUGUUUCUCAUCCUUGAGCUCAUAUAAAGCUCUAUUACAUGAUUAAUUGAGUUUCUCCCUGAUCGGACGUCACAUGUUCUAGAUUCCCAGUGUCCCACAGUCUAAUACGUCUUUGUUUUGUAGAUCUGCGUGGCUUGGCAGCGGUUCUUCGUGGCAUGACGACCACUAACAAAGGAAACAAGGCCUUGAAGGUGAAGAGGGAGCCCGGUGAGAACGGGACGAGCUUGACGGACGAUGAGCUGGUGUCCAUGUCGGUCCGCGAGCUCAACCAGCACCUGCGCGGCCUGACCAAAGAAGAGAUCCUUCAGCUGAAGCAGCGCCGGCGGACACUGAAGAACCGGGGCUACGCCGCCAGCUGCCGCGUCAAGCGUGUCACGCAGAAGGAGGAGCUUGAGAAGCAGAAGGCGGAGCUUCAGCAGGAAGUGGAGAAGCUGGCUACAGAGAACGCCAGCAUGAAAGUAGAGCUGGACGCACUGCGCUCCAAAUACGAGGCUCUGCAGAGCUUCGCCAGAACUGUGGCCCGAGGGCCCGUGGCCCCGGUUUGUAACCCCCGCGGGCCCUUGUCCUCCGUCAUUGGGCCUCUCAUUCCUGGGAAGGUUGGAGCCACUAGUGUUAUCACGAUAGUUAAAUCGAAAACCGACGCAAGGUCUUAGUAGCGCACAGAGAGCAAGGGUUGGUCAGUGCAUGAGGGUUUAGGUGCGGGAUGCUUGUUUCACAGCAGACUGAUGGAAAACCCCUUCGGUACUCUCUAAUGUGGGCUUCUUCUGGGUUACGAAAGAAGGAAAGCACAUCUAGGACGGUCAAUCCACUUGGGCUUCCAAAAAGAUCUCCAAAUUCCGAAUCGAAAACCAUGCAGCCAAAUUUUCCUGGUGGAUGUGUGUUGUAUUGCUGUGAGAUUUGUAAUUUUGUAAAAAUAUUGGCGACUUUGUAUCGUGCGUUUCACAUGGGGUCCAAGUGUUUCCUUUGUCAUUGUAAUAUUGUACUUUUUAUACAGUGUUUGUGUUGAUUUUCUCUUCGUAUGUGCUGUUAUGCGCCAUUUUUCCGUCCUUUUGGUUUUACGGACUGCAGGCACAAAACACUUUAAACCGUUCAGACUUCCAAACUCUUCCGCCGUCUGAAGGAAAAGCUUUCUGAGGUAGGAGAGUAUCAGUCAAUGAGAAGCUCCCUUUACCUGAGCCUCAUUAUGCACUGACCAAUCGCUGACGAGCAGGAGGAGAGGAGGCGGAGUCAAAUCAGCUGAUGUUGUUCAUAUGGUAGCUAUCAGAAUAUCUGCCACCAGUUUAUGUGCUCCAGUCGUCCCGUUCAGGACAGGAGAUCGUUUUAUUGGCAACGCAAUAACAGGUUUAUGUUAUGCGAUGUAUUAUGUUGUUUAUUUCACGCUGAAGUUGAUCAUGUCUGUUGUUAUCUGUAAAUCCAGAGAGAUUAAACUUUUUGUGUUCUGUGCCAGACUAAAAACAAGAGAAAAACCCACAAGUUUCUGUUUUUGAGGGAUGGACUGUUGGGUGACAUAAACUGGUGAAUCCCACAAGCUUUGCCAUAACUUUGUUGCUGUGACAUUGCGUAACGUAUUCUAUGAAUCUUUGUCUAUAUGGUGGAGUCUUGAAUUUUAUAUACAUAUAUAUAUAAAAAAAUGACAGAGUACCUUGCAUUAUUUAUAAAACAUUUAAAAAAGAAAUAUAAAGUUGUUUGAUUGCUCUCUUUUUUGCAAUUGUACCAAAAGUGGCUUAACUAUUGAAGUCAAUAGCUUUUUCUAGUGGCUAGGCGCGUCAAACUGUGGACUAGCGCGUGUGGUGUGAUUUGUACUGGUGAGGUGGCGAUGUGUUGUUUACAACGUGGAUGUGAUGCUCUUAUCUUCUGAUUUCAGUCGAAUGCGUGCGAUGAGCGCCGCUUACCCAGAAUCCCCUCUGAGCGUUUGUGCGCUCCAUGUUUAAGUGGACGGGACACGAACGCAGGGAUCUCUGGGACGCGGCCACAUCACCUGCGUUUGAGUCCUUUUAUGUGACGUGUGAUUUUUAUAUAUUUUUGGUGUAAAAUGUUUCUAUGGUAUAUUAUAUUUGUAGGUGUUUUUUUCUUCUUUUUUCGGGUUGUUUUCUUUAAAUGCCAGGGAAG